UUGCAGAACAGAGGAUGUAGCUUGCAAAAAAAAUCACCUGGUGUACUGAGUAGAAUCUUAUUCUAGGUGUUUGGGUUUGUUUGGUGGUUUUUUUUGUUAUGUGCACUCAUGGCAAGAUUUGUUCAUUUCUAAAUGCUGUUGCAUUUAGGCACUUUUGGAUCUUUAAUAUGUCUAUUCUCAUGUUUUGAUGUGAUAGAAUAUAUAUUAUCUGUUCCUUUUUAGGUGCAAAGAAGUUGAAUCUCUUGCUCUAGCUUAUGUGGGAAAUUUUUUUUUGUGGAUUGGAUCAGUGGGUCUGAGUUUGCUGGGAUUCAGACAUCCUAUUCACUAAUUACAGAAACUGAUUGUGGGAAUGAGUGAAUGGUUUAGUAUUAAAAUGCAAACCUAAUCAAUGAUCUGAUGUACCAGUUUAAAAAGUUAACAGCCUAUCUGUUUCAGAAACCUAUACAGGCUCUUUGGAAAUGAACUAGGAGGGAAACUUCAAGUACAAUAAUAAAACCAAGAAUUUUGGUGUGGAUUUGUGUAUCUGGGGAGUCCUGUCCUAAAGGAAAUGCUGUAAACCUCACAACUUGCUCAGCUUGUAAUUAAGACUUCUCAUACUGGGAGUCAUGAAACCAUUAUUGAUUAUUUAUUUGAAAUAAUAUUGUAAUUAUAAUGUAACUGGUCUGCCAGAUUAGCCUAGCAGUCUUAUAAGGUUUAAUAGUAUGUGUUAAUAAAUAACUGAAGACUAAGCAGGAAAUUUUGAAGCAUGGGUGGAUUUUUCCCCCGCAGACAUGUAUAGAAGGAGCACAGUUCUGCUCUCUAGAACAAGUCCGUUAAGAAGGUACCCUACAUUUUUGUUCACUCUGUGCAGAAGAUACUGAAGAUAGAAUGUGAUGUGCAUAGGUUACAUUUCAGAGGUGAUGUUUUAUCUUUGUGAUGGCAAAAACCCCCCAGCCUGUAUGCUUGUGGCUUUGGUGUCUAUGAAAGUCAAAGCUUCAAAGCAAAAUUAAAAAAAAAUACUGGGAUUUUAAAGAGUCUGUAAGUGGGAGCUUUUCUCAGGUUUGCAUUUAACCUGGUAUGAGCCAUUAUAUUAGGAAAUAUUCACCUUGGUCUUUAUCAUAGUUUCUUGUGCAAGGCUGUUUCAUGGGGCAGUUGUACUCUAAUCAUACAUAUUUAAUGCAAUACACAGAAAUUCAUUUCUCCUGGACACCCAGAAGUUUCUCAAGCAAACCCUCUACAAAGCCAGUUUCUGUAUUUCCAGUUGUUUAUUUAAUGAGGCUGGAGCAUAUUUCCUCCUCUCCACGCAAAUAUGUAGAAAAGUAGAGAUGGCAUAAGUGAAAACCUUCCAUAAUUUAUUAUUAGCUGUUAGUAGGAAGGUAGUAUACUGUGUGCUGAAAGUACUACAUUAAUUUUACUCAGUAAUCAAAAUAAUUUAAAAAUAGAUACAAUGUUCUUGCAGUUCUUUUCAUUGCCUUUAUUAGGGAUUGCAGAUGGUGGUAGAUGAAGCCUAAAUACCAAACAGAUCAUUAAGUCACGCAUUUAUAUUCUAAUUGGCAAGUUAAUAUUCACAUCUUAAUGCACUUUUUGGACCUUCUACUUUGCAAUGACUUCCAGUAUAUCUUCUGCUUUAUAUGAAAUUAGUCACCAAUACAUUUUUGGUAACUAAACCACAGAGGUGAUGGAAAUUGCCUUUCAAGACUUUUAUACAUCUACAUUUUGUAAAGGAAAGUCACUCAGUCUGAUACUUUAAUGUGAACACUGCAAAUAUCAAUACAUUUUAACAAACUACUCCUCCUCAAGGUUGUAAACCUCCCUUAUGUCAGUGUAUAAUGCUGCUAAAUAGGCAGACACUGAUUUUUGGCUCAUCGUUGCACUGCUGUAAAUAUUCUCUCCAGUUAAAUCAGCACCUACCCAUGUGAGAGCAGAAAGGUUUGCUGGUGCAUUGCAAGGAUGUUUGUGCCAACCUCCAUUCCCCACCCUGCUGAAACCCUCAGGGACAGUUCACAUUCCUUCCUAUGCACUUGUCACUUUGCUCUCCCUCUGACCUGCCUUUGCAUCCUGAACUCUAUGGUAGCUGUGUUUCUAAAAUACUAAAAAAGGCAUGUUCUGAAACUGGUAUUUCAGUUGUUGCCUGGUUUAUUCAAAGUAUCCCUGGUUUAUUCUAUUGCUGCCAUUCGUAUCUUUGAGUUAUAGGUGCUACCUUUUGUUUGAAAACCUCCAAGCACUUCACAAAAGUGACUAAUUCUUUCUUUGGCUUGUUUUGCAAACUGAAGCUGCUAUUUUCAAACCUUUCUUCUGAGUAGCAGACAUUCUGCUACCUUUAGAGAAAACUGCUUUCCUCUGCUGCAGUGGUGCAGAGCAGAGAAAUAAGAAUGUUGUUGCUCCAUUAACAGGUAUAUUCUUAGAGAAAAAAAAAUCACAGAAGAAGCUGGUAUUAACAGUUCUUCCAUGGUAGACUACACUGAGACUUUUCAUUUGAAUAUUCUUUUUCCAGAUUGAGGCCUGACCAGUUAAUUUAGGGCUGCAUGUGAAAAGUCUUACCAAUCUUCAUGUUUGUUUUUUUUUUUAGACCCUAUAAAAUGGGGACUGCAGAGCCCUGGCUUAGAGCUGUCAAAGAACAUUUUGUCUUCUGUCCUGUGAUUUGAAUAUGAGUUUGUGCUGGAAACUCAAAAGCUUUUCUCCUGGUGUGUGAAAUGAGAGAACAGGGUGUUAACCUCAAUUUUAAUUUUGAAAUUGUUUUCCUUCUACCCCUCCUUCUCUCGUUGUAGUAUUGAAACUAGGUUAUAAUUCUGUAAAGCAGCUUUAGUUUUAAUAGGUGGGAGUUGAAAUAAGUUUAAUGCUUUGCUUGGUCUUUGUUUAUUCAAAUGUGGUUAAUGACCUCCUCGAGUAAGAAAACGCAGAACCUCACUCUCCUGAGUGUCUUGUGCAGUGUUAGCAGCUUUGGGAGUGUGCUUGUGUCUGGGGUUUGAAUUCUGAAUUGCUGUUUUGCUGGCUAGAGCUUCCUGCAGAAAGGGGCAGUGAAGUUUUUCCUUAAAAUGCCAUUAGAAGUACCAGAAGACUGCAGACAGUCGAUGAGGGAAGAUGAGGGGACAGUAACUAUCAACAGGAGAGGAGCUAUCAAGCAAGCCAAAAUCCACUACAUCAAAAGUCAUGAAUUUAUCGCCACCUUCUUUGGACAGCCUACAUUUUGCUCUGUCUGCAGAGACUUUGUAUGGGGACUCAACAAGCAGGGAUACAAAUGUAGACAAUGCAAUGCUGCUAUUCAUAAGAAAUGCAUUGAUAAAAUCAUUGGGAGGUGUACUGGUACUGCAGCCAACAGCAGGGACACAAUGUUCCAGAAGGAGCGCUUCAACAUCGACAUGCCCCACCGCUUCCGCGUCUACAACUACAUGAGCCCCACCUUCUGUGACCACUGUGGCAGCCUGCUCUGGGGGCUCGUCAAGCAAGGGCUCAAGUGUGAAGAAUGUGGAAUGAAUGUGCAUCAUAAAUGUCAGAAGAAGGUGGCAAACUUAUGUGGAAUAAACCAGAAGUUGCUAGCUGAAGCUUUAAAUCAAGUUAGCCAGAAAUCUACACGAAGGUCUGAUUCUGGAUCUGUAGAAAGUGUUGGUAUUUAUCAAGAUUUUGAUAAGAAACAUAAAGCUCCAGGAGGAGACACAACAGCAGAUAACAGUGAGUACGACAAGCUCUGGGAGGUGAACUCAACCAAGCCAGUGCCAAGAACUGCAAGGAGAAAAUUCAACAUAGACAGCUUUGUGUUCCACAAAGUGCUGGGGAAAGGAAGCUUUGGAAAGGUUCUGCUUGCCGAGCUGAAAGGGAAGACUGAAUUCUUUGCUAUCAAAGCUCUGAAAAAGGACGUGGUGCUAAUUGAUGAUGAUGUGGAAUGUACCAUGGUGGAAAAGAGGGUCCUUGCUCUUGCCUGGGAAAAUCCAUUUCUCACACAUCUUUACUGCACGUUUCAGACAAAGGAUCACUUGUUCUUCGUGAUGGAGUUCCUGAACGGGGGAGACCUGAUGUUCCACAUCCAGGACAAGGGGCGUUUCGACCUCUACAGAGCAACGUUUUACGGAGCUGAAAUUUUAUGUGGGCUCCAGUUUCUUCACAGCAAAGGCAUCAUUUACAGAGACCUGAAACUGGACAAUGUGAUGCUUGAUAAAGAAGGCCACAUCAAAAUAGCUGAUUUUGGAAUGUGCAAAGAAAACGUUGUUGGUGACAACAAGGCGAGCACUUUCUGUGGGACCCCCGACUACAUCGCUCCCGAGAUCCUGCAGGGUUUACGGUACACGUUCUCCGUGGACUGGUGGUCCUUUGGGGUGCUGCUCUACGAGAUGCUGAUUGGCCAGUCCCCUUUCCAUGGGGAUGAUGAAGAUGAACUGUUUGAGUCAAUCCGAGUGGACACCCCUCACUACCCACGCUGGAUCACCAAGGAAUCAAAGGAUAUCUUGGAAAAGCUCUUUGAAAGGGAUCCAGCAAAACGACUUGGGGUCACUGGGAAUAUCAGAGACCAUCCUUUCUUCAAAACAAUCAACUGGACAGCACUAGAGAAGAGGGAGGUGGACCCUCCCUUCAGGCCAAAAGUGAAAUCAGCAAGUGACUACAACAACUUUGACAGAGAAUUUCUGAGCGAGAAGCCAAAACUGUCUUACAGUGACAAAAACCUGAUUGAGUCUAUGGAUCAGUCUGCAUUUGAUGGAUUUUCUUUUAUUAACCCAAAAUUUGAACAGAUCUUGAACAAGUAAGUGUCUGAACAGCUGGACUUAAAAGCAGGGUUACAAACCAGACUCCCAAGUGUUAAUGCAUUCCAACGACGUCGAUACUUCAGAAUAAUACACCAUAGUGUGAUGAAUUAUGUUCAACUCCUGAUUUAUUGGCAGUGUUUUUAUGCAUGGUUGGGUUUAAGGUAUGUGAAUCAUGUGCAUUAUUUUCUCUGGUUGGGAAAAUGUAAAUUCUGUUUGGUACUUGAAUGUAGUUAUGUUAUAUAUAUAUAUAUGUGUGUGUGCUGUAUAUUUUGCUCGAGAGAAGACACUGGGGAACAGAAGAUGUCUUUUUAAAAUAUGUUUGAGCCCUUGGUUCCUUUAUUUGUCUUCAAUUAAAAGGAAGUUUAAUGUAACUUUCA